AUGCCAUCUUCCGAUCCUGCUUCAUCUCGUGCAACCUCUGAGCAACCAGCGUCUCCAUCCUCACCGCCAAACGAUAACGAUUCAUUAGCUGCCACGAACGAUGCACUGGAAGAAACUACUGUGCCUGAGUCGCUUUACUUUGUAUCACCGAAGGCUGAGGCUGCUAUGGGAAUUUCCAGGUUUUCACCAUUCGAAGAGAGUUAUAAUGACAUGAAUGAGCUACGUCGAGCUCUUAAAGUGCUUUCUGUUCAAAGAAACGCUCCGUAUUACAUGCAACAUAGUAGUCCACAACGAGUGGAGGCUCGUUGUCCGUCCUGGAGACAACGGAAGCGCCGUGUUGGGAUCAAUAAAGACUCGGAAGUAGCAGCCAGGCAACUCUGUGACUUUGUUGUUUCAGCUAAUCGCCACGCUAAUGGAAAAGUGUACGUCACUCGCGCAAUCUUUGACCACUCACCCACAUGCCCCGUGCUCCAUGCACGCCUUACCGCUACCACCGAGACAGUUACAACACAAACCGGUUCAGAUGAAAAAGGGCGCACAUCGACAGUUACGGCCUCUGCAUUGCUCGAGACAGCGUUGCCAUUUAUGGGUCAAUUAGCGAAUUCUAGAGGUGGUCGAGACGCUGUCAAGCCGAAAGAUGUGAGUGACAUAAUGAAAGAAAAAUUUGGUGUUAAACCGUCAUAUAUGACCGCGUGGAGAGCACUUAGUGCGUUUCGGAAGCAACGAAAGGAUGAAGACUCGUCAUCGUAUAUGAAAAUAGAGGGAUACUUGCGCGCUUUUGCAGAAACAAAUGCCGGCAGCUUAGUGGCUUUCGAACAUCGAGACAAUGCCCAAAUCCCGCCAACAGCUGAUAAACUCACGGCCAAAGUUUUUGCAAGAGCAUUCUUGUGCCCAAAGCCACUACAAGAGGCAUUGAGAAAUUGCCGUGGAUCGAUGCUUUUGAGUGUGUUUCUAGUGACAUCGGCUUUUGGGGGAGUCGUGUUUACUGCGACGGCGCAAGAUGCGAUGGGGGACAAUGUACCAAUUGCCAUUGGACUUGCUCCGGCAGAAACAGAGAAUGACUGGCGAUUCUUUGUACAGCAAUUGCAACGUGCGUUCCCCGACUUAGAGCGUUCCAUAGCGUCACUAGUACACAGUCGCGGUGAAAAACUGACUCGAGCGAUACACUCAGUCUUCCCAGACUGUCCACAAUCAAACGAAGUAGAAAUUUUUAUUCGCCAGUCAGUGCAACCUGCUGCAUUUGCUCACUUAGCUCCUGCAAGAUCGACGUUGUCUUUGGAUUCGUCUAUGCAAUGGGUGGAAGCGCUGUGUUCAAAGCCACCGCUAAUGAUACUGGUGGGAUGGGUUUCACAGGUAGCGCGAACUCUCUUUCAGCGCUACGAACGCUAUGGACAUUUGAGCUCGGAGUACCCAGCUGAGUUCCAUUCGCUAGCAGCGGAAUAUGAAAGAGAAGCCGCUCGUUUUGAUGUCGUGCGAACGUCAGAGAGUGAGUUUGAAGUGAUUGACAAACAAACCAGCGCUGGCCGGAUAGUAAAUUUCGCCAAGCAGACAUGCAUGCUGCGCACGGAUGUCAUUCCACGUAUAUUUCUAAUGACAUCUCUGAAGACGCUUUAUGCUGGACGGAUUACCCCAAUUGACAUUUCAACGGUACCGACUGACGGGAUUACGAUCCCACAUCCGCUUCCAAAGACGCGUGGGCGCCCACGCAAAGUACAGCAAAUUCAGCAAUUUGGCGACCCGAAGCAGGAUAAGCUUGCAUGCAGUGUAUGCAGUGUUAAAGGGCACAACAAGCGGACAUGCAAGCGCCUUACUAGUGUACCGGUCCCCGUUCGUGAGCUGCAUACAGAAGACAUAUUGAACGGUCAGGAAGAUACAACAUAUCUUGGGUCUACAUAUUCUGACUCUCUUGCCUUCGACAAUUCGGCCUUAGGCGGUACUGACUCGGAAAGUCACGUGGGUGAUGGACAAACAGCUCACGUGAGCUCUUUGAAACGUCGACGAUUUGUAGAAAAUGGACGUGCUUUUGAAGACAAAAAGUCGGAAGGAGGCGAAGAAGAGGUGUUGUUUGGUAGUUGA